AUGGCUGCUCAAGAAGGAGCUAGAGUUUUGGAACUUACACAAGAUCCUAGUACAAUAUAUUACAUUCAUCCAUCUGAUUACAACAAUUACAAGUUCAUCAAUGAUGUUUUUGAUGGAGAGAACUAUAGUUCUUGGAAGAGAUCGAUGAUAAUAGGACUUUCUACUAAGAAUAACAUGAGUUUCGUUGAUGGUACUAUACCUAAACCUCAGCCCAUAGAUGCUACUUACAAGGCAUGGAUAAGGUGUAAUGAUCUGGUAGUUGGUUGGAUAUUGGGAGUUCUUGGUCCUAUUACUAAGAAAUCAGUGUUUUUCUAUAAGACAUCAAGAGAUAUGUGGCAAGAUCUUGAGGAACGAUAUGGACAUGUUUCUUCUGCACAGCUCUAUGCUCUUCAAGAAGAAAUCAAUGAGUUUGUGAGUGUAAUGGUUGUAGAUACUGCUAAAUUUCUGAAGAUCCAAGAUCCAGGAAGAUCAAAGGUUGUUAACUAUGUUAAGGUUUCUCAUGAAGCUCAAAGAUGGUUAUCAGAUCAGCAGAUUAGAAGCAAAAUUCUGAUGAUGCAUCCUCUUCCACAAAUGACAAUUGCAUAUAGGAUGCUAUUGCAAGUAGGGCUAGGCACAGGUCCAGAACCGGACCGGGCCGGAUCGGGACCCCUUGGACCUGAAGACCUGAAUAUGGAAAUUUUGAGGACCGAGGACCAGACCUGA